AUGUAUAACCCCAACCCUGAUCUGCAUCUCUUUCCUCUUCUGGCAAUCUCCACCUUCCUCUGGCAUCUCAUCGACUUCACCACCCUCUUCUGCCUCCGCGACCGUUUCCGCACCUUCUACCCCGGCGCCUACGUAGGCGUGCAUAUCUGCAUUUCCCUCGCCUGCAUCGCAACAAUAGGCUACGUCGGCAUCUGGGUGUCCACCGCCGACGAAGAAUCCGACCGCGAUCUCGAUCUUGAGCCCGACGGCGUCGAUGUUCCUCCCAUCGUCGAGGCGAUGGCGACCAAGUACCACACUGGCGGUCGCGAACUAAGGGGCAAGAGGGGUCAGUUGUAUCGGCUUGGAAUUGCGUUGUUGGUGAUAACGGUUAUGAUGUUAUUGAUCAACUUUGUGCUGUCGAUAUUGGCGUGUAAGGAGGUUAGGAGGAAGGAUGCGGUGCGCGAAGCGGACGAGGUUGACCCGAGGGAUCCGGCUAGGUAUCGGAUCCCUGCCGGCGCUGCGGGACGGCAUGGGAGGAGGCAACAGGGCCAUGCCACGCCACGGUCACGGGCGAGGGUUGUGGAGAAUCAGUUCCCUGGUUAUGUGGUUACUGUCAACGAUGCACCCGUCUCACGACCACCGCCGGCUGCCAUGACGGGGGCUAUGCCUAUGCCAUCUAGGGGAGUGGAUCUGGGUGUGGAAAUCUCGCCAGGAGGUCAUCAUGACUGGCACAACAACCGAAGUGGAAGUCCGACGGAUAUCGAUUUGACGCCGGUUAGUCCGGGGAGCAGUGAGAUGACGGAGAUGUUGACGGAGAAGGAUAGUGGGAUUGGGAUUGGGAGGUCGGGGCGGUGA